GAGGACCGCGCCGGCCGGAGGGAGGGCGAGGGCGCGCCGGGGGCGCGCCGGGGCCGCGGGGCCUGCGCCGGGGGCCCUGACCGCGCGCCCGGCCGUGCCCCGGACCCCCGCCCCGCAGCGGCCCUCCCGCUGCCCGCGGAGGGGCGGCCGGGAGAGGAAGCGCGUCGCGGGGAGUUGAACCCUCGCCCCCGGGAUCGGACACAUCCUCCGGCCCGCGACGCCGUGGGGUCGGCGGUGAGGAAUGCAGGCCGGGCGGGCCAGCUUCCCCGUGCCGGUGCUGCUCUGGUUCGGAGCGUGUCCGUGCUGUCUGCCGGGCGCCCUUCGGAAGGAUGACGUUAGAGGAGACGCAGGGUUCCCGUAGGAGUCACAGGGUUGGGUCGUGGCGCCAAGUUUCCCCGUGCGGGCGCUCCUCCCUACUUUGUAAAGUUUGUCCACCCGCUCCUUACCUGAGACAAGCCACGUCGCCGGUUCUGAUCCCACCCUGGAGGGAGGUCUGUCUCGCUAGUGGGGCUGUAAUCAAGGCAAAGUGCGAUCCUCCACCUCCCCGCCGGGAGUGAUUAUUUCUAGGAAAAUCCUUCAUGGAAUGGCUUAAACUCCGUGGGGAGCCAGGCGAGAAAAGCGUGUGCGGAGGGAAAGUAAAGCGGGAGCGCGCAGAAUCGAGCUGACGGAAGUCUAGUGCCCACUCCCCCCUUCAAUACUGGUCUGUGGUGGCCUCAGAGGCCAGGUUCCCGAGUGCCCAUUCUCUUGCAGGUCCCUGAGCAGAGCGGCUGGGACAGGCCCAGAGAUGUGGGAUCAUGAAAGCCUGAGGGUAAACUUGGACCUGCGAUUUGCCUGACAGACUGCUGAGCAGUGGAGCGAGAGCGAGCAGGGGUCUCCCAAGACAGUGCGUGCUCCUUAGGCGUCUGCUGUGCACCACUGGCCUCUGCCCACUUGCUCCAGGCACUGCCUUCCUGCGUGAUGGCAGAGACGGUGGCAGAGGCAGCUGAGAUGCCAACACAGUCACCAGGAGCAGUGGAAGGUUCAGCACCUCUGUGCGGAGAGCUGGCGGACAUGGCGACAGCAGUGGCUGACCUGACCUCAGGGGAGGCCCUGGCCUCGUCCCUCUUCUUCCAGCACCACCAGUUCAUGUGCUCCGAGUGCGGCAGCCUCUACAACACCCUGGAGGAGGUCCUGGCCCACCAGGAGCAGCACCUGCCCGUGGUGUCAGAGGAGGACACACAGGCUGCCCGGGACGCGGGCCUGGGGCCGGAGCUAGUGCCUGGUGCUGCAGAGGGGCCUUUCCAGUGUGGUGAAUGCAGUCAGCUCAUCCUCUCUCCGAGCGAGCUCCUGGCCCAUCAGGACGCCCACCUGCAGGAGGCCGCAAGCCAGAUCCAGUACCAGUGUGGAGACUGCCGGGAGCUCUUCCCCUCCCCCGAGCUGUGGGUAGCUCACCGGAAGACGCAGCACCUUUCCAGCAACGCCGCCGAGCCGCCUCUGCCUCCCCCCACCGUGCCCCCAGAAGUCAAGAUGGAGCCCUACGAGUGUCCCGAGUGCUCCGCCCUCUGUGCCACCCCUGAGGAGUUCCUGGAGCAUCAGGGCACCCACUUUGACUCCCUGGAGAAGGAAGAGCGCAAUGGGUUGGAAGAGGAGGAGGAGGAUGAAGAGGAAGAGGAUGAAGAGGAGGAGGAGGAGACCGAUGAGGAGGAAGCCGCUGCAGAGCUUCCUGCUGGCGACAAGGCGGAUGACGAGCGCACCGCUGGCCUUGCUCAGAGCUGUGGGGAUUGCUCGCAGCACGGCCCCUCUUCAGGGGCGCGCCGCAGACACCGCCGGGCAUCAGGCCCCGCGUCAGCCACCCACCCGUUCCACUGCAGCCAGUGCCAGCGCAGCUUCAGCUCCGCUAACCGGCUGACGGCCCACGGCCGGGCUCACGUGGGCGGCACCCACGAGUGUACCGCCUGCUCCAAGGUCUUCAAGAAGGCGGCCUCUCUGGAGCAGCACCAGCGGCUGCACCGCGGAGAGGCCCGCUACCUCUGUGUGGACUGUGGCCGCGGCUUCGGCACGGAGCUCACACUGGUGGCCCAUCGGCGGGCCCACACCGCCAACCCACUGCACCGCUGUCGCUGUGGCAAGACCUUCAGCAACAUGACCAAGUUCCUCUACCACCGACGGACGCACGCUGGGAAAAGCGGAGCCCCCAGCCGGGCGGCAGCCGUCUCCCCAGCUCCGGCCGAGCCCACACCUUCACCUCCACCCCCCGCCGCCCAGCUGCCCUGUCCGCAGUGCCCCAAGUCCUUUGCCUCAGCCUCCCGGCUCUCCCGGCACCGGCGCGCCGUGCACGGCCCCCCGGAACGCCGGCACCGCUGUGGGGUCUGUGGCAAGGGCUUCAAGAAGCUGGUCCACGUACGCAACCACCUUCGGACCCACACGGGCGAGAGGCCCUUCCAGUGUCACUCCUGCGGCAAGACCUUUGCCUCUUUGGCCAACCUCAGCCGCCACCAGCUGACCCACACGGGGGUGCGGCCCUACCAGUGCCUGGACUGCGGCAAGCGCUUCACGCAGAGCUCCAACUUGCAGCAGCAUCGGCGGCUGCACCUCCGGCCCGUGGCCUUUGCGCGUGCCCCUCGCCUUCCCAUCACCGGUCUGUACAGCAAGAGUCCGCACUACUGUGGGACCUGUGGCCGCUGGUUCCGGGCCAUGGCGGGCCUCCGGCUGCACCAGCGGGUCCAUGCCCGGGCCAGGACUUUGACGCUCCAGCCUCCCAGGUCGCCCUCUCCGGUCCCGCCUCCGCCCCCUGAACCGCAGCAGACUAUCAUGUGCACGGAGCUUGGCGAGACCAUCGCCAUCAUCGAGACGUCCCAGCCCCUGGCACUGGAGGACACACUGCAGCUCUGCCAGGCAGCACUGGGGGCCAGCGAGGCCAGUGGGCUGUUACAGCUGGACACGGCCUUCGUUUGACAAAACUCGAGAGCAGGGACAGAAAGAAAGGUCACAAGGCUGAGUCUAGGCACUUCAGGGGAGAGGAGGACCCCUCCGGCAAGCUAAUCUGGUACCCACCCAUCAGAAUCCAGCCCGCUGGCCUCUUCUAACUUCUGACUCCUCAGAACGGGGACAGGCCUCCCAGAGGUCUCCUGUCAGCUUCCUCUGCCCAGGGUGACUCUGAGGCCCUAAGGGUUUGCCAAGGCUCUUUGCAUCAGCUGGUGCUCAGCUACAGCAGGUAACCUCUACUGAGCACCAGCCACAUGCCAGACCCGUGCCAGACUCUCAUAUACCUCUUCAGACCUUCUGAUUGUAACCCCACCCCCAGUCCUGCCCUGGGCUGGGGGGCCUGGGAUUUAGCUGUGUCUGGCACAGGAAGGCACUCAGUUUCUCUGGCCUUCAUCUCAGUCUUGACAGUAUGAAAAGAAAUCUGUACGUACCCCCAGUUACCCCAGUGCUCAGCUCAGACAGGGUGACUCUGACCCAGGAAGGAGCCACAGCUCUGUGCUCGGCCCGGCCGGAGCAGCAGUCUGAAGUACAGACAGCUUGCCACGAAGCGGACAGUGCCUGUGGUUCAUUCAGCCUGCGUGUCCGCAGAUUCUCUGGCACGUGCCAUGUCCCUGGGGCUAGAGGCUCGUCAGGGCUAGGGAGUCCUGGACUGCUGGAGACUUGCUAGUGGUGCCAGUUCCUGAACUGCCCAUGCCAGAGGAGAAGAACGUUUCAGGCAAGCCACCCAGGCAGAGCUGCAGGGCACCCCCAGCCAGGGCAGCGCUGGGCAGGACACUUAGCACUGAGGUAGAUGUGGGUUUCAUCCAUGGUGUACAAGUAAGGAAACGGGCAGAGGGCUGCCGAAGGCCUUUAGCUGGCUGGAGGUGUUCAUGCUAGCACCGUGCUUAGCCGUCUGCGUGGCUGAGUAAGACCGGAACCCCAAACAGCAGAAGGGACUUCUGCACCCCGAGAAGGCGGUGUCAUGAUGAUUUGGGGUCUGGGGGCCAUGGAAACGGGGGAUCCCAUCUUCAUAGAGUGUCCUUCCCUGCCCUAAGCAUAUGUAGGUUAACUGAGGUCGGUUGGCAGAGUUUACUCGGGCCUCUGCAGACUGCGACACUCCAAGUGAAGCAGAAUGGAGCUCAGUAGGUGAAGGCAGUGUCACAGGAAGGGUGGGGCAGGCUGGCAGCGGUCCAGGAAAGGUUGAAUUGGCAGCAGGCGAGACCACCUUGAUGACUAGAGUCAGCCAGGAGGAGGCGGCGACACUGGGUCCGUCCAUCCUCUAACGCAAACCAGCCAUGCUCACCCUACUGGUUUGAGGAAAGGAGGCUAAGCUCUGUCCUGCAGGGCAAAAAGGUUCCCCUGGGGCUGAUGUAAGCAUCUAGCAGAGCUCAGAAUCUUGGGACUCUGACUCCUCUCACAGAUAUGUCCCAAAUUUCCUUUUUGUGUAUCAGUAGAAUCCAUCAGGAGAACCCAAAGAUGUCCCCUCCUUUUCUGGAGCCUCCCACCCACUCGCUGCUUGCGGAGAUAGCACUUCUUUCUGCCCAUGGUCCCCGCCAUCUGGCUCCAGCAUGUUUUAUUUUAAAAGUCAAGGGGAAGAGUCAGGCAAGGUGGUACAAGCCUGCACUCCCAGUAUUUGGGAGCCUGGGGCCACUUCCCAGCACCCCUAAGAAAAGUGAAGCAAGUGGGCGCCCCUUCAGACAGAAGCAAGCCUGGGCAGCCUCCUGCCCACACAUGCCCCCGGCCGGGGAGUCCACAGGCAGUUAGAUACUGGCCAGAGGGGUGUCCUCUCCAGCCAGGACCCCGCAGCCCUG